CAUGCCUGAAUGGUAUCAAACCAAUAUGAAUUACCUGCCUAAUAAUGGAGUAUAUUAAAUCUCGAAUAUGUCAAAUUUCAAUACUAUAAGUUAUUACUAUCAUAGUUUAUGAUUACAUCAUUAAUUAUUAUUUAUUCUUAUAACCAUGUAUUUAUCAUAAAAAUUAAAGACUCCAGUAAUUCAUAUGUGUCCAGGUUUUAUUUAAUUAAAUAAGAUUAUCUAAGGUAAAUAUUUAUAUUAUUAGGUACACUAUAUUAUAGGCAACUAUUUUUGUUAUAUUUUUCAGGUAUUAGCUGAUAAUGAAUGAUGAUACAAGUCUUGACUACGAUAUCAUUAUUGAUGGUAUACUUCUAAGUGAAAAGUGUAUAGCUGAGAAAAAUUAUAAGAAAGGAACUGAGAGAUCUUCUGAAAAUUCUUAUCAACAAGGUUUCCAAAUAGGGUAUCAAAAAGGUUGUGAUAUUGGAUUAGAAAUUGGUUUUUAUGCUGGAAUAUUAAUUGCUUUACAGAAAUUACAAAACUUAAAGAUAAUUAUACUUUCUGAUAAAGAACUUUAUGUUUUACAAAAACUUUUAAACAUUAUUACAUCCUUUCCUCGGAUAAAUGAUUCAAAUAUUAAUAUUAUCAAUCAAUAUAAUGAAAUAAAAGGAUUAUAUAAGAAAUUUUGUUUUAAUUUAAAAAUUAAAGAUUUAGAUAAAAGGGUUUUAAUUUUUCAAAAUGGAACAAUUGAGAUCUAGAUUAGAAGAAGUCAUUAUGUAUCUAAAACCUUAUUUACCUAUUGCUAAUAGCCAUGUUGUUAAUUUUAUUACCAACAACUUUUGGGAAUCCAUAAUUCCUAUUGAUAUACAAAAGGAAUUUGAUUUGAAAGGUGCAGAAUUUUUAUUCACUAAUUUUUGGUCAGAUAACCCAAUUCCUAAUUCUCUUACUCAAUUUGUUACUUUAUCAAAACAAAAUUACAUAAAUUCAUACCCAAGUAAUUGUUAUAUGAAAUUAGAUGAUGUACAUAAUGUACUUCAAUCUUGGGGUUAUAUAUCUACAAAUCAAUCUUUUAAUUUAAAAGAAUUCAUGUGUGCCAAGAAAAUGCAUGAAGUUGAAGUUAUGGCCAAAUUAGUAGCAGAUUUUUCCAAAUAUGCUGGUAUUGAUAUCAUUGUUGAUAUUGGUGGCGGUAAAGGAUAUUUAAGUUCCCUGUUAGCUUUAGCAUAUAAUUUCAAUGUACUUGGCAUUGAUUCUCAAUCUAUUAAUUCCGAAGGCGCAAGAAAUAGAACCAUCAAAUUUGAGGUAUUUACUUAACAUCCUUAAUAGGCAAUGGCUAUUAUGUUAUUAAUAUAUAACUUGAUUGUUUUCAGAAAUAUUGGCAGUCUAUUAUAAAGAAAUCAAACAAUUUCACUGAGACAAAAACAUCUCUUCCUAUAAUUAAAGAGAAACUUAAUAACUUUAAAGAAUAUUAUGAAAAAUACAGCAAAAAACCUAUUGUAGUAGAUAAUACUUACAAACAAGUUACAGAAUAUGUUACUGAACAUACUAAAAUUGCACAUUUAGUGCAAAAUGAAUUUAAGGUUAAUAGUAAAGAAGAUUUUGCCUUAGUUGGCCUCCAUACAUGUGGUUCAUUAGCUACUACAUGUUUAAAAUUAUUUAUUGAAUCUAAAAAUUGUUUGAAACUAUUGAUUAAUGUUGGUUGUUGUUAUCAUUUAAUUGAAGAAGAAUUUACUGUUAGCCCGUUUUGGAGUGAUGUUGAAAAUGCAUUAAACAGGAACGAAUCUUAUGGAUUUCCUGUUAGCAAAUAUCUUAAAGAUAAGCAAUUUGAACUUGGACGUGAUGCUAGAAUGUGUGCUUCUCAAUCACCAGAAAAAAUAUUUAAUUCAAAAGAUGUAAGAUUUAUUUUUUUGUAUUACAAUCGGUUUUUUUUAAUAUAAUAUAAAAUUUAAUUUUAUAGAUAUUAAAUCCAACAAAACCGUUAUUCUAUAGAGCACUUUUACAAGUUUAUUUAAUACAAGAACUUGGGUAUGAUCAUAAUAAUAGAUGUCAUGUUGGACGCUUAGCACAUAAAUGUUUGACUUUCAAUGAGUAUGUACAUAAAGCAGUAAAAAGAUUACAGAUAGAUAUUGAGGUACUAUAAAAUUUUGUCUAUAGUCAGUAGCGUGACCCCGAAAAAUAACAGUCUUAUUUUUUUUUUUAGAUCGGUCAAAUUUUCAAUAAAGUACUUAUUUUGUUGAAAAAUUAAAUUUGUAAACUUUUUAGAAUCAUAUAUUCUAAAAUUGUUAGUUGUUUUUAUUUUUAGGGAUGAAACAACUACACAUUUUUAAUUUUUUAUUGUCAAUCUAUAUUAAUAAUGCUCAUCAACCUAUUUCUGAGAUAUUCCAUUUUAAGUUUUAAUAGAUGGAGAGUCAUGCAAUGGCACAGCUUCUUUACACUCCCUUACCCAAACUUAAAAUAUUUUUUCUACCAUAUAAAUAUAUUCUAGUGCUUAGAAUUAUUUUGUUAUUUAUCAUUGAAUAGUAAUUGGCAUAAGAAUGAUUAAAUAAUUUUAUUAUUUAAUAUUUUUAAUCUGGGUACGUUCACUGUAUUUACCUUUCUGUUUUAUAUUAUAAUUAUACAUUUGAAAAAGACCUGUUAAUUCAAAUUUAUUUUUUGUCUACAGAUUGAUGAUAAAAAGAUAAAUGAAUUGUAUGACAAGUAUCUAAUUGACUAUGAUAGGUUAAAAGUAUUUUUCAUUCUAAAACAAGCAUUAGCUCCAGUUAUUGAAGGACUUAUAAUAAUGGAUAGAUUACUCUACCUUUAUGAACAGGUAUGCAUUUUGAUGUACAUUUUUGUAUUUUUUGUUUAACAUGGACAUGUAGUAAAUUGGUAUUCUGAAAAAAAACCUUUAUUUUUUGCAAACCAAAUCAAGAUAAUAAAUAGUAUCCUUACGAUUAAUAUUUUACAUUUUAAUAUAUUAAAACAUUCCCAAAUUCAGGGAUCACUAAUCUCUUCCAACUAGUGAGCAACAUUCAAAAUUUUAAGUCUGAUGAUAGAUUUAUUUAAUUAGAUUUUGUGAAUAUUAUUUAUAUUUUUAAAUAUGUACUGUCAUUAUAGAGUAGGUGUACAUAAUAUUUAUUAUAUAUGCCUAUAUUUUUUUUUGACCUUUUUUUUUACAAUUACGUGAUAUCUGACUGAAACGGCGAUGCUUGGUGGGCGGGUGCGCGCCGCUGAACGUAAACUGGUCGUCAUAGCGGUAUGUUCUCUUUUGGAAUAGAGUAUAAGUGCCAACAUUUUUUAUUAUAUUUCCAUUAUAUUAUUAUCACAUAUUGAUUGAUGUUAUUAUCCAAAAAAAAAAAAAAGAGACAAAUUUUAUUUUAAUUAAAUUUCUAAUAAUUUAAAAAUACUAACAUAUAUCUAAAUAUUAGAAGGUUAAGAUUUAAUAGUUAAUUUAUUUCAUAAUAAUUAUUAUAUUACAAUUAUUGUAAAAUAUAUAUUAUAUAUAUUGUUUUUUUUUUUUAGGGUAUAAAUGAAGCUUUUGUUGCUAAACUUUUUGAUCCAUUAUUGUCUCCUAGAAAUCAUGCGAUAAUUGCAUUAAAGAAAAAUUAAAUGAAAAGAAAAAUAAUUUGUUUAUAUAUAUACAAGUUCAUUCAAAUAUCAUGAGAUAAUCAAAUUUACAAUGAAAUACUUAUUUUUUAAAAGAUUGACUUGUAAAAACUUUUUGGAAUAAUAUAUUCUGAAAUGUUA